GUCGGCGCGGCAGCGAGCAGACGUACCAGCAGUCAGCUGCUCUGCUCCCAGUGCGACGGGCGACGAGAGACUCACUGCCGCCAUGGCGGCAGCCGCCGGACGCCACGGGGACUUCGACUACGUUUGUCCGCGAAGGAAUGUUUCAACUGAAGACAGAAGAAUGCUGAAUUCUCCUUCGACUGCAAGCAGGAAACGGCAUCAGAGGUGGAUGCUGAGCUUCGCAGCCUUCGUCGCCGUGGCCUUGCAGACCGUCCUCAGCGCCCAAGCGAUGGACUCUCUCCUGGAGCAGUACGACCUGCUGCGGCAGGUGAAGAACUCGUCGCUGGAGCCGGAGACCGCCCCGGACGGCUUCUCCGCCUUUAAGCUCUCGCCCACCACCGACUUCAGCUCGCCGGCCGAGGACUCGCUUCCCGCCGAGCUGUACCCAGAGUUCGCGCUCAAGGCCGUCUUCAAUCCGACCGACGACCAGGGCGGCUACCUCUUCUCCGUCACCGAUCCCGGAAAUGAGAAGGUGCUGCUGGGCCUCAAGAUCGGGCCGGCGGAGGGGGACCAGUCUCGCGUGACCAUCGAGCGGGACGGCGAGGAGGCGGCCAGCUUCCUGGUGCCGGCGCUGGGGCAGCGCUGGUCCAGGCUGGCGUUCCGCGUCGCUCCGGGCAACGUGACGCUCUUCCUCAACUGCAAGCAGCACGGCGAGCCCGUGGCGGCCGGCGGCGCGGGAGGGCCGCUGCCCCUGCCCCAGGGCUCCACGCUGCGAAUCGGAGGGCCCAAGGCCUUCACGGGCGUCGUCCAGGAGCUGCGAAUCUUCGGGGACCCGUCCGUGGCUGCCGACAAGUGCGACGAUUCCGUCCUGGGGGCGCUGAAUUCCGUGGAGCCGCAGGACGACUUCCUCGAGGGCGACGACUGGGACAAUGACGAGGCCAGUACAGGCGGCCCGCCGUUCAUCACGCCGCCUCCCCCGCCGGCAAUACUGGAGAUUCCGAUUCCGGGACCGCCAGGAGAAAAAGGCGAUGCUGGCCCUCCGGGUCCACCAGGGGAGUCGAUUCAGGGCCCUCCAGGUCCGCCUGGACCACAGGGACCACCGGGCCCCGUUCCAGAGCUGGAUCUUGAGAAGCUUCGUGGACCACCUGGACCACCUGGCCCGCCGGGCGUCUGCGACUGCAAGGAAUCUAACGAAACCAUCUACGACGGUUAUCCCAUUGAAGUAGAACCGCCUCCAAUUCCGGGCUUGGAGACAUCCCCGGGUCCACCAGGGCCCAAAGGAGACACUGGAGAAGCCGGGCCUCCAGGUCCAGCAGGGCCACCUGGACCACAAGGACCUCCAGGGCUUGACGGAGCGGCUGGUCCACCAGGACCGCCAGGACUACCUGGACCGCCCCCGGAUGUGGAGGAGCUCAAGAAGCUGGCGGUUGCCGGACCGCCGGGCCCAGCGGGAGAGAAGGGAGAGGUGGGACUUCCCGGACUGCCUGGAGCGGCGGGCGAACAGGGGCCAGCGGGCGAGGCUGGACCUCCAGGCCUGGACGGCGCGCCUGGACUCCCCGGAGCACAGGGACCUCCUGGGCCUCAGGGUCCUGUAGGACCGAAAGGCGACCAGGGAGCGCCGGGCUUGGACGGCACCCCGGGGAUACCAGGAGCUGACGGCAAGGACGGCGCCAAAGGAGACAGGGGUGAACCCGGAGCGCCUGGCUUGCAGGGUCCUCCAGGGCCCCCGGGACCAGCGCUGGAACCUCCCAGCUUCAAUGAGGUAGCACCAGUUCCAGGACCGAAGGGAGACCGUGGCGAUCCUGGUCCAAAAGGAGAAGUUGGAGCGCGGGGCCCUCCCGGUCACAAUGGCACUGCAGGGGCCAAGGGACCUGCAGGGCCGCCCGGCACACCUGGGGCACAGGGUCCUCCGGGAGCGAAGGGAGACCGCGGGGACCGCGGGCUGCCGGGCGUCCCUGGAGAGGCCGGUCCCCGAGGAGAGCCCGGGCCUCCGGGCGCUGUGGCCGUGGCGGAGGGCGGCGCGCCGCAGCUAAAGGGCGACAAGGGCGCACCCGGCCGGCGGGGGCGGCGCGGCCUGCCCGGACCGCAGGGGCCGCCCGGACCCACGGGGCCAGCAGGGCCACCCGGCAUGGACGGAUUUCCUGGACCUAAGGGCAACACUGGAGCUCCCGGGAUACCCGGCCGUGACGGCGUCAAAGGCGACAGAGGAGAAAGCUGCGAAGCUCCCAAGCUGAAGGGCGACAAGGGAGACCCCGGCGUGGGCUUGCCGGGCCCUCCAGGACGCCCGGCGCCGCCCUGCAACUGCAAGACGGCCUACAUACCCGUGCCCGGGCCCCCGGGUCCUCCAGGUCCGCCGGGUCGCCCUGGACUGUCCUAUGAAGGACAGAAGGGAGAGCCAGGGGAACCUUGCAGGAACGGCUUCCGCUUCCUGCAGUACGACGACCCCAGCGCUGGCAAUACAGGUCCUAUGGAGCACGAGAUGUACGGAAACGGCCCACAGUUCCGCCCGCUGGAGGUGAACAGGCAGAGCGAGAAGAAGCCGCACCACAAGGAGCCUGACGUCAAGCUGAUACCCAGCACCAUCUCUUUCCGCACCAGCAACGACAUGUUCCAGGUGACGGAGACGACGCCGCUGGGCACCCUGGCCUUCGUGCUCGCCGAGCAGGCACUGCUGGUGCGCGUGGACCCCGGCUGGCAGUACGUGCAGUUGGGCCUGACGAUGACGGCGCCGAGCAAGGGAGCAGCCGCUCCCACGCCCGUCACCACCCCGCGACCUCCACCACCGCCGCCACCACCAGCGCCACGGAAGCGCCUGCUACACCUCAAGGCCAUCAAUUUCGUCGACGAACCCAGUCUGCGGCUGGCGGCGCUGAAUGAGCCGCUGGCCGGCGAGAUGCAGGGCGUGCGCGGCGCCGACCACGCGUGCUACCGGCAGGCUCGGCGCGCCGGUCUGCGCGGCACCUUCCGUGCGCUGCUCGCCUCGCGCGUCCAGGACCUCAGCUCCAUCGUGCGGCCCUCCGACCGCCGGCUGCCCGUCGUCAACAUCAAGGGCGAGAUGCUCUUCCACUCGUGGAAAGAAAUGUUCAACGGGAAAGAAGGACUGCUGCCCGAGGAUGCAACGAUAUACAGUUUCAACGGGAAGAACAUAAUGAAGGACAGCAUGUGGCCUACCAAGAUGGUGUGGCACGGUUCGAGGCCCGACGGCGAGCGCCGCACGGACGCCUACUGCAACGCGUGGCAGUCGAGCGGCGGCGAGGGGCUGGCGGCGUCUCUGGCGUCGCGACGCCUACUGGAGCAGGCGCGCGCGCCCUGCCGCAGCCGCCUCGCCGUACUCUGCAUAGAAGCCACCAGUCAGCUUUCCUACCGGCGCCGCCGCAAGACAGACGCUGGUGAAGGCAGCGGCGGCGGCGGCGGCGGCGGCGGCGUGGCAGAGGGCGGCGAAGGCGUCCGCGAGAAGGAAGAAGCCGUCCCAGCGCAGGGGGACAGCGGCAGGAGCGAGUAGUGUCCCCACAAGCUACAAACGAGGCGUCGCCUUAAAGUCAAUCGUGGCGAUAACGCCACAUACUACUUGUACCAGAGGACUAUUGUGAACAAAAACUCAGGUGUCUCCCCUGUUCUAGCUUCGGUCUCUGCCGAACAAAGUUUCAUCGACACGAACUAUCAUCGACACACGGCGAGUGUCCCGAGUGUUUACAUAAACUGGGCAAAAGUAUGUUUACAGUGUGUUUUAAAAUUACGCAGACAGUUUUUCAGUGAGUGUGGAACUUCUACUGUGUGCCAAAUGGACCUUACUAAAUAAUAUUCUUCUCAGGUGUAUAGCCGGAUCAUAACGCCAUCUUGACACAAUAUUUCCGCCGUCCAGCUGGCCGCCAUCUUCAGGUGAGAGUGCUGGUACACGACCUCGCCGGUUCUGACUUCUCAGCGCAAGUGGUGGCCCCUAUAUAGGCCGCAGAAGGCCUACAACGCGUGCUCGAGAAGGUGCCGUAACUGCCCUCUAGCGCAAGUAAACAUACCUCGCCGCCAGUGGUAGAAACAGGCGAGAUCGAGAUAUCGCUAUUGGUCAGACAAUCCGGACCAUUCAGGACCGAUGUGUUGAGCACCAGCGGCACACACGGUUGCUUCAACAAGAGAAAUCUGCAGUGACGGAGCACUGUCUCACCGAGGGACAUAGAAUGCUGUAUGACGAGACACAAAUGGUUGCCCCUGCUACUGGGACUGUGUUUUAAAAGAAUCCAUAGAGAUUCGUUUAUCUGGUAAUCUUAUUAAUAGAGACAAGGGUUAUCUUUUAAGUAAGACUUGGAACCCAGUGUUAUCAGACAUUAAAAAACAACGGUCUGUGUUUCGAUCAUCGGAAUAAUUUUUAAUUUUUGAUAGCGAUAUCUCGAUUUCGCCUGUUUUUACCACUGGCGGCGCGGUAUGUUUACCUGCGCUAGAGGGCAGUUACGACACCACCUCGCGCACGCGUUGUGGGCCUUCUGCGGCCUAUAUAGGGGCCGCCGCCUGCGCUGAGAAGUCAGUUCCGGCGAGAUCGUGUACCAGCCCUCUUACCUGAAGAUGGCGGCCAGUUGGACCGCGGAAAUAUUGUGUCAAGAUGACGUUAUGAUCAGGCUGCACACCCGAGAAUAAUAUUAUCAAUUAUUACGCCGGGAAAGCCUUCGUAAUCACAACGGACCUUACCACUCGUGCACCAAGUCUUCACCUAGGAACUUCGCAGUCGUGCAACAUUGCACUAUAGAGCCACGGCUGUAACAAAAAUCCCACCCCCUCCCCGCAACUUCCUCUUACGAAAAUUUUAUCUUGCAUCAGGAUCUCAAAAUUGGUUUGAAUCAGUUUAUGACGUACUUUCACAAUACCCACUAGUUGUGAUAACAAACAUCACCUCCGUAGCCGACUGGUCACUGCUUUGGCUGUUGCGAGGCGGAUCUGACAUCUAUUCUUGGUAAUCUCAAGGAUUUGUACAUCAAGACCUUACAGAAUACACUCUGCCUCGAGAAGACAGUUGAUAAACUCCUUAACGCUAAGUAGUUCAUCAGUUUUGUGAAAGUCGACAUUAACGGCCAGAAGAUCUCUGUAUGCAAACCAAAUGUAACUACAUGACGACAGCCAAUGACAGUUUCAGCUUCAAAUAUCGGUCUACGUAACAGCAGAGUGUGUAAUUCCCAUACACUGUUUACUGACAGUCCCAUACACAAAAAGAAUUUUCCAAAUUGAUACAGCUGUGCAUGUUAAGUGAAGCAAAGAAUCAUUAAAGCCACAGAGAUUCAGGCGAGGAGCUCAUUUUGGCGAGUAAGAUUUGGGAAUUUAAAUUCAUUAAUUUGUCAUAGAGUUUGACGUUUGUACAAAGUUCAGAGACCAAUUCCAUCUGCUGCUGGACGUUUUAAUGCACUUAUUUCAGUGAGUCAUGCCAGAUAGAAACGCAGGAAAUACAACAAACAGCUCCCGAAUAAAAUCUCAAAAUGAGAUUUCUGUACAACUGAAUAAUUAUUCGAUUACGCACUUGCACAUAACGAACAAGAACUAAUUGCACAAGAAAUAACUAGCAGUUAUCACGGGAAUUGUAUUGCUGGAUCCGUGAUAAAAUUAAGUAAAGAUUAGUACAGGAGUAUGUUACAGAUGGCACGCGACGUGAUGAUGUGCGUACAGCAAUAUACUCAUCAUCCAAGUGAGGACAAUUGUAUUUUCACCUAACGUUUCUUGAUAUCGAAUUCGUGAAGUAUGUCGCGUAGUGUUUAAAACUUUUUUGUACUGAUAAAUUAUUUUAGUUACUUAUUAUAUGUAUUGUAAGCUGUAAUUAAAUUAUUGUCAGAAUAAUGUGUAAUAAUAUAUGUGUAUACUAGUCAAUAACAAACUUUAAUCACUGUCCUCUGUAAAAAUCUUUCAUU